AUGUCCAUUCUUCCCCAUGCUACAACCACCAAUCCAAAAAAGCGUAAAAGACAGGAGAUCAGCCACGAUGCCCUCCACAGGCAAUUCACCAUCCGACCCUACCCGUCUUCUGCUUACGACAAGCCGCACACCUUCACGCCAAUUCAACUCUUGCCGCGCUCGAAACUACCGCUGUCGUUGCUGGACCCCACUACCAGCUUGUCCGACUUGAUAUGCAACCGUCUCUUCUCAGCUCACAUUGCGGCACUUGAAGGAGAGGGAGACCCAGAUGCACCAGUGGUACUCAUAGCGGCAACAUCCAGCCCCAACACUUUGUUUGCUGUGGAGCGAGUGCAGGAUGGAGUCUAUGCGCUCUGUAAGCUUGCGAACUGGGUGACUGUCGAAGUCGUGCAAGACCUAGUGUCUCUGCCGCAGCACGACUCGUACUGCCUUCACAAGGUUGCGCCUGUUCGCGGCACAGGACAUGAAUACUGGCAGCGGGCUUCCUUAGGGAUCCUGCCUCCGUCCAACCCGAUCAGAAGCCAUGGCGAGCUCCCACGCAUCUCAAUGGCGCGCCCAGCGGCGGCGGUCGACCCAAAGCCAGUGUCUCAAACCGCCAUCGUACAUCCCUCUGCAAGCUCCGCCGUUCAGCAACGCUCUCGUACACCAACUGAGCCGGUCGCUGAGCAAGGGCUGCCUCGGCUUCCUGCUGCGGAGCUGUUCGAGAACUUCAUAUCUCAGUAUCUCGAAGCUCUCUACCUAUCCAAAGCUUCCCUCGCUUAUUUCGCCAAGGGCCCGAUCUCACGAGUUCGCGCUUCGUUCGCUGGCAGUCAAGAUGGCUCCUUCCAGCUGUCCGAACUUGCCAUCUUCUACAGGUCGAUACUGCAUAGCACAACUUCCAUAGACAAGAAGUACAAGGAAAAGCUGCCAGAGCUCAUCAAAGGGAUGCCGAUGGCCUUCUGCUCCGACGAGGAACCUAUGACGUCAGCAACUGUUCGAAGGAAGAAGACUACGACACGGAAACUCAAGCCAAGCAAGGACGGCAUGUACUCUGAUGAAACAGAGUACGUCAGGAAAUGGUGGCUGUCGGAUUGGGCAAUCACUAGUCAGCGAGACUUCGGGAGUGCAGAUGACGUGGCGAGAAAGAGGACCGCGAAUCUGAAAGUCAGAGAGACUUUGGCACAGCUGAUUGUUGCCAUGGAAGUCAUGGCGCUUGAAUCGCUACCAGCGUGCCAGCUACCACAAAUGGUUGAUGAUCCAGGUGGCGUUGAGAGUCAGACCCCACGGACUACCGACGCGGUGUCACAGAAGAAGCGAAAGUCUAGGAAGCAGCAGGACAUGAGCUCCAUUAUGGACGUCCUAGUUGAAAGGUUGUGCAUCUGGCAGUCGGUGGAACAGGAAGAAUCCAGCGCAAAGCUACCGAGUCGUAAUCAAGCCAGCGAGAACACGCACAUCACCGCUGGCGGGGCGUCGAACAGCGACAUACUGAAAGACUUCUGCCUUGAAGUCAUCAUACCAUUCUACAUGAACCGGAUACCUGACAAGGCCGCGUCCAUCAAUCGCAAGCUCGGGGGGCCAGGUGCCCCAUCGCCAGCCAAACCCACAGCAAUCCAGAGUACUUCGACGACUGCUACUCUCCGCAAGCCUGGAGAACCCGAAGUCCGGCAACCGCCACCCAAGAAGAUACGUCGGCCAUUACAGAAAGUGUCUUCGGAGGUCAACCCAACGAGUCGACGGCCGCCUUCAUUAGCGCGUUCAGCCACCGACUCAGGCAUCGUUCCGGGCCUGAAACGCGAGGGGAGCGAGAUUCCACUUUUGGCUAUCCCACGCCAAGAAAGUCAAAUCCGUAGGGGAGGUUCUUUGGCAGACAUCAAGCGCUUCAGGCAACGGGAAAUCGACCUGACCGCUAUGACCGCAGCCAACGAAGCUAAACAGCGGAAGAAAGCAGCUGUAGAGAACGAGCUCAAAACCGCCAUAUCAGCGCUGAAGAAACCAAAUCGUGGACUGGCGGUCAAAGAGCUCGUCGACUCUGCGGAUCAGAGGCGGCAGCAGAGCGGCGUGCAAGUUACGGCAACUCCAAAGCGAGCCAGCAAGACGAAGAACAUCACGCAGUCCAAACCGGCUCUCCGUUCUCCACCGCCAAACACGGCUGAUGGGCCAGCGCCCCGAUCGAGCGGAGCCUGCAUCCCAUCCUCUACUGUCCGACCAGCCGCGUCAUUCCUUUUCCCUGGAACCGAGCGGCGCGAAUCGAGGACAGGGCUUCACACGACUGUCGCCGAAACGCCAUCUCGUGGACCAGCGAAGACAGUGUCGUUCUUUACUGAUCCGAUACCGCAAACACCAUCGAGGAACCAAAAAACGGCGGCUGUGUUCUCUACGCCCGUCAAGCCUCUUGCCGCUCCGUAUGGCAUCGUUGCUGCAACGCCCACGUCGAACAAGCUUGACGCCGUUGAGACGGUUGCGGAGGAGAGUAUCUACGAUGCGUUGGGCUGGGAUGAUGAUGGCGACCUUGGCUAA